CCCCCCCAAAUUUCGGCUGCGACCAAAGAGACGCCUCGUGCGUUUGACUAGAGGUACUAGCUUUAGUUCCGACUGUGACAAGCAUCCACUCGCAGCCCAACAAAGCACUGCCCCACUCGACCGCCUCAUUCUGGAAUCGGACACGUCGCGCCUACUUUUCCACUAUCACCACCAUGGAUAUCCGUCGCCUACUGCACAACCCGGAAGACGGAGGUUGGUAUAUCAUCGGCGAGACCAAGAGCGAAGCCGAGAUGAACGAAUUCCGUCGCUCUCUCAAGCGGAAUGCCAUCAUUAACACACACCUUGUGAACUGCACCAUGAACCACGAGAACCUUGGCGUCGACGUUGCGAACACCGAACACAAGAUGAAGGUCCAGUGGACCAAGUGCACAUCUGCAUUGUGCCACCCCAAAGGUAACAACCAGAACGAACACGAUGAACAGGACAAACCACGCGCGUGUCCAGUACAAGUGCGCAUGUCCACGUGUCAACUCACAUUCGCCGGCAUCAUUUGCCAGGCUUACCAGCACCUGAGCGAGGAGCACGACUCGGCUGAGCCCGUACAGUCGUCCGUUACCGAGGAAAUGAAGACGCACAUUGUGCGUAUGUUGCUGGAAAACCCCGAAGUAAAACCCAUGGCAAUCUACAAGGAGAUCACGGCACUGCAUGAGAAAGGUGCGUUCGGCGCCGACCUCAUGCCCACCAAGAUCCAGCUGCGCAACGCACUCACAUAUUUAAGAAGCCGCAAGCUCAAACUUUCGAGCGGCAACGCCAGCAGUGGAGGAUCCGUGGACGGCACCCCACGGAAGCGAAGAUACGAUUCGUUCUCGGAUGGAAGCGAGUCUCCUCCGCUCGAGGAGCACCGCCAGCCCGAAUACUGAAACCGUGGGUAUUUUUUUCUUUUUCAACUAGCGUUGCUGACGACGCUACACCACAGCGGUGGCCGUCAACGGGGAUCCCUGGACGCACCCCGACCUAUCUAAUGUGUCUGCCCGCCUAUUCGUAGUCGACUACGAGAUAAUAGGCCCAAGGUCGAGGACGCAAUUCAAUAAAGGUGCAGCACAAAGGCUGCCAGGUAUUAUACAAUAAGACGGCAACACUCGCCAUUUUGUUUGCUGCUUUUUUCGCCCACCCAUUGCAAUUGCGUUUGGCACGCGAACGUGCAGAACGUACGGUGACUAAGCUUUCUUACACAUGUACAACAAGUACCCAGCGCGAUGACUACCGAGGG